AUGGCAUCACUAUUCUUCUUUGUUAACAAGAAAUCAGGGGAUUUACGCUCAUGUCAGGACUAUCGGAAACUCAAUGAUGCUACCAUCAAGAAUGCUUAUCCUAUUCCACAUGUGGAAUAUUUAUCAGAUCAUUUUGCUUCUGCCAAACCAACCAUCUUUACCAAACUAGAUUUGCAUGCCAGAUACAACAAUGGAUUAUUCGAACCCACAGUCAUGUUCUUUGGAAUGACAAAUUCUCUGGCCACCUUCCAAGCUAUGAUGGAUGGAGUUUUUGUGGAUCUAUUACUGGAAGGAUGGCUAGUAAUCUAUUUUGACAACAUCCUUAUCUAUUCUACCGACCCAACAGAACACUGA